AUGAUCAUGUCUGAGACCUACGUGCUGGACUCGGGCUUUGACCCAGAUCAGUUUGUGGCCGACAUCAAGGAAGCCAAGGCAGCCGUGGGAGAUGCCACGGAAGCAGAUGCUCGUCACCUGCAAGGCUUGGUGCUGACCUCACAGGUCUUGCUUUAUGGCGGUCAUUCCUUGCUGCUGCUUGGUGCAGCUCUGCCAAGCUAUUCCUGGGUCUUGUUGGCCACAGGCGCAUUCAUGAUCUCUUUCGCCCGAUGCAUGAAGUGGACCAUCAUUGGUCAUCACGUCUCGCACGGAGGUUUUGACAAGCUGCAGAAGUCGCAUCCAAACGCUCUGCCAUCGCACUACAAGCGCGGCGUUUUCGCGAUUGGUGUCCGCCGCUUUUUUGAUUGGAUGGACUGGAUGCUGCCGCAGGCUUGGGAUGUUGAGCACAACAAG